AUGGAUGACAUCACAUUAAUCUCAAACUUUCAAGAAAAUUUAAAUUCUCUUCUUAAAAUUACUGAUAGUUUUAAUCACUUAAACAAAAUACUUACAAAUGUAGAUAAAGAAAUCCUAAUAACUACAGCCAAUCCAUCUUGUAUUCAAUAUUUUACACCCUCUGAUCCUAAUUCUUUAACUUCUCAUAAAGUGCUCCUUCAAUACAACAACAAAAUUAUCCUUAUUUCUUUUACUUCAAAUACUGAAUCUGUUAGAUUUUUAGCUAAACUUCAUUAUGAAUCUUUAAAUAUAUCACACAUCUCUACCCUUUUAAUUUUACACUCUUCUUCUCAAAAUAUUCCAAUACCUCUUCUACUCUCCAAGUAUAUUAAACCUGGUAUACAAUUUGAUAUAUUAUUACAUACUUAUAAUUUACUCUGA